AUGCCCCACUGCCGGUGCCUCUGGGCAGGUCUUUUUGCUGUCUUCAUCUUCGCCAAGCCGCUGCCCCCCACUCGUCUGCCGCCGCCACCACCACCACCACCUCCCACACCGCCAGCAGUGGCAGCAGGCGAGGUGGCAGGUGGGGGAAGGGGACCGGGGGAGGUGCGGGCGGCACAUGUGUGUGCAGCCAUCUCCGCCACGCCACUGGAUGAGCCCACCUCUCUGCGUCCGUCCCUGCCCAUGGUGCCCGUGCCUCCUGCACCACCACACGCUGCCACCACCCCUGCCCCGCCUCCCAGCGCCUGUGCACACGCAGCUGACGCGGUGGUGAGUAGCACGCGUGCACGCACAUCGCCCUCGCCUCCACCCACGCUGCCUGCUGCCCACAGCCACCGCCAUGGUGGUAGUGGGGGCGCAGUGGGCACGGCACGCACGCAUGGUGGUCCGCCUUGCCGCGCUGCUGCGCUGCCACACAUGUGUGGCGCCGUGCGCGUGGAGGUGAGCGCGGGGCCACCUGUGCUGCCCGUGGCGCAGGAGGGACGAGCUGAGGCGAGUUCACGCGGCGAGGUGAGAGGCAGUGCAGGUGCAGGGAGGGGCGAGAGGGGCGAGAGAGAGGCGAAGGCGGUGGGCAGGGGGGCGCGCGGCGUGUGGGACCUGGUCGACCUGGACGCCUCCCACGGCGACCUUGACCCCUCCCCCUCCCCCUGGGCGCUCGCCCCCCUGCCCCCCGUCCCCCCCCUCUCUCCCCCUCCCCUCUCCGCCCCCCCCUUCCACCCACCUGCCUCCUGCCUGCCCCCUACGCGUGGCAACGUGGGCGUGGAUGGGGAAAGGCAGGCGUGGGGUGCUGUGCCCAUGCAGCGAGGGCAGUGGGGGGCGCGGGAUGACAGGGAGCAGAGAGGGGGAAGGGGACAGCGGGAGGAGAGGGGGGAAAGGGGGAAAGAAGGGGAAAGAGAGGAGAGGGGGGAGAGGGGCGACAGGAUGCAGGAAGAGGUGAUGGUGGAGCGAAGGGGAACGGCAGAGAAAGCGCAACAACACAGUGGGGCUAUGGGAAGCAAGAGUGGGAUGGAUGAGGAGGUUCAGUCGUUUCUUUUGCUUGCGCUGCAUCCAUGCGCUACUGAGCCGCACCACAGUGCUGAGAGGCAGAGUGAGUGCCCCGCGCACGACCACAGUGACUGGGGCGAGCACCGUGGGGGCCCAGGCGAGCACCGUGGGGGCACAGGCGAGCACCGUGGGGGCACAGGCGAGCACCGUGGGGGCACAGGCGAGCACCGUGGGGGCACAGGCGAGCACCGUGGGGGCACAGGCGAGCACCGUGGGGGCCCAGGCGAGCACCGUGGGGGCACAGGCGAGCACCGUGGGGGCACAGGCGAGCACCGUGGGGGCCCAGGCGAGCACCGUGGGGGCACAGGCGAGCACCGUGGGGGCACAGGCGAGCACCGUGGGGGCACAGGCGAGCACCGUGGGGGCCCAGGCGAGCACCGUGGGGGCACAGGCGAGCACCGUGGGGGCCCAGGCGAGCACCGUGGGGGCCCAGGCGAGCACCGUGGGGGCCCAGGCGAGAGUCACACUGGUUGGCUCGAGAUGCACUCCCACUCUCACGCCCAGCGCCCUCAGCAGCAGCAGCAGCAGCAGCAGCAGCAGCAGCAGCAGCAGCAGCAGCAGCAGCAGCAGCAGCAGCAGCAGCAGCAGCAGCAGAGGCAAGGCAAUGUGCAUGUAUGCGCGGAUGCGGCAGUGCAGAGCAGGUGGGUGCGCAUGGCAUCCCCGCCACGCGUGCCCCAGGGGGCGCUGCCUGCCCCGCUGCCGCUGCCGCGCACAGGCAGUGCUGGCUGCACCCAGGGGGGCGCUGGGGAGGGCGGACACGGGAGGGAGGGAGGGGACGGUGGGGAGGGAGGGGAGGGAGAGGAAGGUGGGGGCGCGGUGAGGUGGCGGGCGCAGGGCAAGCGCGAGCGCAGUCGCAGGAAGGCGCGCGGGGUGGCGAUGGACGACAUCCUGCGGCGCACUCCCAUCCUUGCUGCCCGCGGGCUGGUGCGGCCUGAGGGGUGCCGUGGGGCGCACACGAUGAGCGCACGGGAUGGUGGGGGGGAGGGGAGGGCGGGGGAUGGAAUGGGAGUGCGGGAGGGGUGGGUGCCGGGGGAGGCAGGGCGCGGUGGCGAUGAGGUGGUGGAGGGGAGGGCGGGCACGAGGAGGGGGGAGGUGGACGAGUGGGAGGAGUGGCACCGGCGGCAGAUGGCUGCUGGGGGGCAUGCGGGGCGGGCAGGGCAGGCGGUGCUCAGCAGUGCACAGCCUGCAAGGCAUGACGGCAGCAGUGCUGCUGCUGCAGUGGUGGAGCGAGUGGGGGAGGCGCAUGCAGGUGGAGAGGCAGGGAUGCAUGCAGGUGGAGAGGCAGGGAUGCAUGCAGGUGGAGAGGCAGGGAUGCAUGCAGCAGCGCAAGACAGCGAGACAGCCCUUUGGGCAUUGGGAGUUGUAGGCGCUGCGGGUGGAGGUGGAGGAGGCGUCCCCGCUGUGCCACACGAUGGCUCGUCCAGUGAGGUGCAUGCAGGUGGUGCGGUGGAGCAGGAGCCCCUCAUCACCUACUCACUCAAGCGAAACCGCAAAUCCCUCAACAAGGAGCACACCUGGAAUGUACGGCCUGGAGGGGAAGCCACGCAUUGGGUAUUGGGGCUGUUGUAA